CCUAUUAUAAGAGGAGGGGAAAGAGACAGGCGGGGCAAAGACAGAGACAGGUGUGUCCUUAAGACAGAAGGGACAGAGGGAUAGAUCGUGAGGAGCGCAGAAGACUCUGUCAGCGAGUGCCAGCAGCUGAGAGACGUCUGACGGCAAUCCUAGAGGUCUGGGAAGCACUAGUCCUGCACGAUGAGCUGGCUGCACGAAGACUCCGAGGUGUAUAAGAUGCUGCAGGGGAACCAGGAGACAAAGACCCCCCCAAGGCAGUCCAACAGCUUCCGACUCCUGCAGGAGGCCCUGGAGGGCAGCUCCGGAGCUGCCAUUCCUGCGGCUCUGCCCAGCAGAUUGUCUCCCAACAUCCAGAAACCUGUUGCAAAAAGUCCGCCACCUCCACUGCGAGAGUGUGAAAGGUGUCACGCGGGCAUCUGUGACGUGGCAGUGAAGAUCACGGAGGGACGGUACCGCCACCCAGCGUGCUACAUCUGCACAGACUGCGGCCUCAACUUGCGCAUGAGGGGACACUUUUGGGCGGGGGAUGAACUGGUGUGCGAAAAGCAUGCUCGUGCGCGCCACACCGGAUCCCCGCGCUCAUGAGGAACCAUGGAAGGACAUUCCACCCAAAACUCUGCAGGGGGUGGGGGGGGGGCAUAUCUUUCCCCCUCAUAUUAUAUUAUUGCCCCCACAAUCCACCUCUCCAUAUCUAUACAGGGCAGGUCUCUAGACGGCUUCAGUAACGCUGCUUGUAAAGGUGGUGGCUUCUGCCGGGUGUGUGUCAGGGACCUCUAUCCGGAAGGCAGGAUGUGGUUAGAACAGCAGUUAGUUUGGUGACCGCCGUGUGUUCUAUCCGAUUGUUAAAGCAGUUAGUUUGGUGACCGCCGUGUGUUCUAUCCGAUUGUUAAAGCAGUUAUACUAUUGCCAUGGUAACAGACACCUCCAUGAUAAUACUUCAUCCAGAGUGACAAUGACAUCAUAACCCACCAUGCAGACACCUUCAACCACUGCUGUUAUAUCUCAUCAUCUCCAUGAAAGCAACUUAGAUGGAAACCCUUUGGCACAAAAAAGGGUGGGCAAGACAUGAGGCCAAGUCCAAAGUUUGAGGAGUGUGAGUUAAGGAUAACAAUCUGAGAUUCCUUUUUUUAUUUUAUACAUGGAAUUUUGCUGAAGAUGGCGGGGAGAGUUCUGGAAGGUUGCUGUUGUAGGCUGGAGAGAUGAAGGUUUGUGCUUUUUAGGAAAGGAACGGGCAGAUGACAUUAGUUUGCUCUUGUCUGCCAUCAAGAAGUGUUUCAGCAUUCUGGAGUGUGCCUCUAGACAUGUUCCUCACAGCUCCUGUAACCCUCUCUUACCCUCUCAUGGGAACAUCUUGUGAUAGAAACAGCCCUCACCCAUCGCCUACUAUUAAGUGCAUGAAGCCGCACUUAAGGAGCAGAUGCGGUCAACGUGUGGCCUUUCCGAAAACCCUCUUAUCCUUUCUUUGCACUACAUGGUGUUCCUAGGGCGUCACAGAGCUCCCUCCAGCUCUUAUUGCCAAAGUGUGUUUUAUAAAUAUUUUCUAUGUCAUUAAAGUUAUAUUUACAUUAUC